UGACAUAUUCACUUCCGGUGAGGAAUAGCUGGAAAACAGCAGUCGGCGAGACAUAGCUGGAGUAGGAGGAGGCCUGGAGCAAAGCGAGCCACUGUCGGGGGAAUGGGUGACAUUUGAUCGGGGAAAAGGCUGUCAGCGAAAAGGAGCGACGCACUGGAGACAUGGAUGACAGCAGCUACAUCGAGUUCGACGUGCCCGAGUUCAGCAGCGGCGUGCUGAGCCAGCUGAACGAGCUGCGGCUCCAGGGCAAGCUGUGCGACAUCGUGGUGCACAUCCAGGGCCGGCCCUUCCGCGCCCACAAGGCCGUGCUGGCCGCCAGCUCGCCCUACUUCCGCGACCACUCGGCGCUCAGCACCAUGAGCGGCCUCUCCAUCUCCGUCAUCAAGAGCCCCGAGGUGUUCGAGCAGCUGCUGGCCUUCUGCUACACGGGCCGCAUGUCCCUGCAGCUCAGGGACGUCAUCGGCUUCCUCACGGCCGCCAGCUUCCUGCAGAUGCAGGCCGUCAUCGACAAGUGCACCCAGAUCCUGGAGGGCAUCCACUCCAAGAUCAGCCUGCCCCCCGGAGGCAGCCCGGGGAAGGACGGCGCCCAGGCCAGCCGCAACGGCGUGAAGGACGGCAGCCUCUUCGUCAACCCCACGCAGAUCUCGCCGCCGUACUUCUCCCGGCAGGCGGUGCUGACGGCGGCGGGGGGCGGGGGCGGGGGCGGGGCGGAGGCGGGGAAGGGCCUCCGCGUGGCGGGCUUGCGCGCGGCCGAGGAGGGCCAGUCGGACCGCGGGAGCAGCGACGGCGUCUCGGAGCAGGAGGCGGCGGCCGAGGGCGAGCAGGAGCAGGUGGAGCUGAUCGGGCAGGACGGGCAGGUGACGGACGUGCGGGUGAAGCUGGAGAAGGCCGAGCGGCCCAGCUGCUCGGACAGCUCGUCGGCGGGCGACGACGGCUACCACACGGAGCUGGUGGACGGCGAGCAGGUGCUGGCGGUGAGCGUGGGCUCCUACGGGCCCGUCAUCCAGCCGGCCGGCUACGCCUACCCGGGCCUGGCCUCGCCCUGCUUCGUCAGCCUGAGCAGCUCCAGCCCCUCCCGCUCCAUGCUCAGCGGCUACCGCGGCGGGCGGGGCCGCCUCAAGCGCCCCACGGCCGUCACGCCCGACGCCCUGAGCCACGGCGCCAAGGCCAGCAAGGAGGACGGGGACCUGGCGCCCGGCGGCGGCGGCGGCGGCCCCGGGUUCGAGAACGACGUGCGGGAGCGCAACCUGCGCGGGCAGUGGUACCCCUACAACGAGCGCCUCAUCUGCAUCUACUGCGGCAAGUCCUUCAACCAGAAGGGCAGCCUGGACCGCCACAUGCGCCUGCACAUGGGCAUCACGCCCUUCGUCUGCAAGUUCUGCGGCAAGAAGUACACGCGCAAGGACCAGCUGGAGUACCACAUCCGCGGCCACACGGACAACAAGCCCUUCCACUGCCAGAUCUGCGGCAAGUGCUUCCCCUUCCAGGGCACGCUCAACCAGCACCUGCGCAAGAAGCACAUGGGCUCGGCCGACGGCAGCGGCGCCGGCCACGCCGACUCGCCCGAGCGGGCCGAGGGGCCCGGGGGCCCGCGGGAGCCCGAGGACGGCGCCGCCGCCCCCUACGCGGAGGAGGCCCCCGGCCAGGACAACGGCGAGGAGGGCGCCCGGUGCAGUCCGGAGGAGGCGCACGCGUCCCGGUGCGAUUUUUAGGGCCCCGCCCACGACCCCUCCUCCUCCUCCUCCUCCUCCUCCCUCGUUUUCACGUUUUUUUGUCCAUCGAUUGAAAAAGCUUUAAGAUGCGUCCUCCUCUUUUUUUUUUUGUUUUUUUUUUUGUUUAAAUGGUUUCUUUCGGAAGAACGGCAUUUCGCUGUCGUCCGGAUCGGGUCACGUCGUCACCCUCAGUGUAACGUUGGGGGUUUUCUCCCCCCCCCCUUCGUUCUCCAUAAUUGUGAAAAUGUUUUCUCAAGAAAAACGAAAAAAAAGAAAAAACAAGAACGAGAAAAGGGUGCUUUUAAAAAGUAGAUUCUCUCAAAGGGAAGGUGGAUUUUUUUUUUUUGGAGUAUUAUGUCCGGGUGGCCACAAUAAUCAAGGCCUCCCUUUUUGGUUUUGUGUGUUUCCUGUUUGUUUUUUUUUUGUUUUUUUUUAUCUUGCUAUGUUUUAAACGUAUUUACAAGAGUAAUAUAGGCAUGUUGCAAUAAGAAUAUUAAUAAUGUGAAAUUUCAUAUAACAGAUCCUUGUCAUAUCACAUCCCUACCUGACCUGUUUUUUGCACAUACGGCCGUUGUAGAGAGAUUUUUAAAAAAGGUCGCUUUCUCACAAGGAAUGGUUUUCUGCCAGUGCAAAGGUUUGAGUGGCAUAUCAAUACCUCAUGAUACAAACACUUACUCAUAACGAACAGUAUUUAGCUUUUUUUAUUGACAAAAAAGCCUCUUGGGUUCUACCUCAUACACAGGAACCCAAAUACGAAGUUAAAACGUUUAGUUUUUUUUAAAUCUUCGUUUUGUUUCGGGGUUUAUGCGUUUCAGCUAUGAACCCUAUACAAAAACACUUACACAUCACCAAGCCUAGAUACGUCAGUGAAAUAUUCCUUGCUGUUUGCGUGAACUAGGGACUUUUUAACGUCCGGAGCUUCCGGAGGUAAAUCUGGAAUCGAUGUAGUCGUCGUCGGCAAGCGCGCAUGCUUUGAUUUUUUAGCGAGUUAAUUCGGCGGACGGCUCACGGAGAAUAAGAUUCGAAGCCUGUCGUUCAGUGACGAGAAAAAUCAGCGAGCAACACGCUUUAACACAAUGCUCUUUUCAUUUGCCUCCGCAUAGCGGGUUCUUGGAAAAAAUCAUGAAAUACCUUAUUUUUUUUGACGUGUUGACAGAGGGCGGGGGAGUCGCGUUUAAUCAACUUGCCCGAGAUUAUUCUUUUCAGAAGCGUAAAUGUAGAAUGUAGCGAGGGCAAGUGAGGUGAGGUUUGUUGCAAAAUCUCACUGCAUGUUUCAGCAAGCAAUUGUCCUUCAAGGAGAAAUUGUGUCAAAAUAUUUAAUUUGUAUAAUUAAUGUAAUCUAAUAGAGAUGACCACAUGUACAACCUAUAUUUUUAUGGAAAUAUAUAUUAAAUUAUAUACAUGUAUAGUACAUAGGGUUAUAUGUUAUAGGCCCCAUCUUUUUCACAAAGAGUUUUUUUCUUUUUGAAGCAGCAGCAGCAGUUCAGGCUAGAUGGGUUUUCCUGUCAGCUUCAAAUUUUCAAAGUUAAAUGACGGAUUUAGCUUUGCUCCACACAUCUCCUGUUGGAAAUGAGGAAUCCAGCAGUCGUGUUUGUCAGUUACUUGUACAAGUGUAUAAUAUUUUUACAAGUGCAAUGUUGUUUGAUGCCAAAGUGGAUGUUGAGGGUUCCUGCACUUAGUUAAAAUGAAUUGUGGUGCUGCAUAUAGGCUACCAGAGAACGAGGAGAAAAAACUAAAUUAGUCAGUCAUUAUAUGUUGUGCCUAGAUUCCCUUGUUAGUGCCAGUUUCACCAGCUAGUGGUAAAACACACUCUUGUUACUUUGUGGCAGCCUUUUUGAUGGCGAGCGAGUUUUAAGAAAAUGAAAGCGAGACAAAGAAAUCAAAAACUACGCCAAAAACGCACCUAGGGAAACUUGCCUGUUGUAUUGGCACCUAGGGAAACUUGCCUGUUGUAUUGAAGUAAUCUUUCUGCCUGUGGUCUUUAAAGUAAAUGCAGUAAGGAAGAAGGUAGUAGAAUAAAAUAAGGCAGUUAAGUUGCAUUUCCACAGGCUCAUCAGUGUUAGAGACGGUCAGGAAACGGUGAGCUGGCUUGUGUUUGCUUUGUGCAUCUCUGCUCAGCUGUGUGGUCUUGCUGACAGUUCUCAUUGGAAGUCUUACAUGGGACAUUUUAACCCCUGAAAAUGUCACCGUUAUAUAGUCAGAAUGACGGCACCUUAAUUUUCCCCCAGCGAUGGAGCCAAAUGUUCAUUUAAGGCCUGUGUCUUUUAUGAUAUUGACCGUUUAUAUGCAGUGCAGUCUAAGUAUUUGAAAAGUGAUGCAAUUUUUGUUUUGGCUCUGUACUCCAACACAUUGGAUUUGUAUUGAAGCGAUGAAUGUGAGAUUAAUGUGCAAACUGUCAGCUUUAAUUUGAGGGUAUUUACGUCCAUAUUCAGUGAUCUAUGUACACAAGACCCUUUUUAUACAUAGACAUAUUUUAGGGGACCAAAAUUAAUUAGUAUGAACGCGCAUACACACACAAAAUGUGUACCUGAAAAUGUCCCUCUUUCUUAGAGAGGAAAGCAGACUAGGAUGGGGCUUAAAGUAUAUGGUUGUACAUGUGGUUUGUCAAUUGUCAUAUGAGAAUUUUCAUUGUAAAUCAUAGAUUUAUGUAAGAAGCUGGCAUGCGUUUAUACAGUGAGUUAGAUUGUAGCUCUUGACCACAGUUCUUCUUUUAAGCGCUUCUCUGCAACGCAGUCGGCUCAGUCCAACUGGCUUUGAUCUGUGGAUAUAAAUAAACCACUUAAAAUAUGCAAACGGGAACGACAAACAACAGAAAUUCUCAGAAUGCGGCCAUUUGCUUUCUGUUUGUGUACCAAGUGGUUUUUAUUCUGACUUUGAUGGGGGUUCGUCAGGUAACUUCUGUUACUCCCAUUUUAAUUGCACCCAUAGGAAUGCGCUAGCACGCGGCGGGCUUGUAGUCAUUUUGGCUGGGAUUGAAUUGGCAGGACUAAUCGUGAGGUGGAAAAGGAUCGGCUGUUCUGAACAGAGCCGGAGAUCCAAAGUAUUAGUGCACUUUUUGAGUGGAAAUGUCAGCGAGCCGAAAGCAGGCAUCCGAAGGCAAACCCACGCAGGAUUCGCCUGGCUGUUCCGCCGGAGAAUGCUGGUGUUUUUGAAAUUUAGUCUUUGAAACCGGCCCCACCCGUGCUCUCUCUUUGUUGAAAAUGAAAAUGAAACCCAAAUCUGCAUGUUGGUUCAUUCUUGAGCGGAGGGCCGGGCAGGCUUUUCGAGGGCAGGCCAUGAUUGGUGGUGCUGAGCUUGCUGGUUCCGCCUCUCUGAUGGACGAUCUAGUUGGCCUGUAUUAUUGGACGAUGUGCCCGUCAUUGGACUCUUCAGCAGUUUCAUUACAAAGAAACUUAACACAAUUGCCCGUGAUGCCGGCUUUACUUUCCAGCACCUUGCAUCCAGAGCAAAUCUUAGUGCCAUUCAAUGAUAGCAGGUGAGAGCCCGCGUGAAACUAGGAGGCGUCAGCUUUUCCUGGGUGGUGACACAGGCCGUGGUGCACUGUGGGAAAUGUAGGCCAGUACCGUAAGACUGGCGAGUCCCUGUGGGCUCUAAACGCCUGCCAGUGAGCGGGGCCACCCUGCUGUCCGACUCGGUACGCCAGCCAUAUGAAACCCGCCCAGAUGUUCUUUACGUGCGGCUGCCAGCGCAUAGCAACCUGCCAGACCCGAGCCAUCUGGAGGAACAGAUCUGUUCUGGGGCCCUGUGGCCCGAGAGGGGUGGAAUUAAUGGUCAGAGAGACCCUCCCGCCCCACCCACGCCCAGCCCUUUCCCGAAUACCCUCUGAAGCCCCCUUGACAUUGAAGAUCCAGGUUUGGGUAGACAGGAGCGAUGACCACUGCAUUUCGAGAGUAAUUCUGUGAACACAAAAGCACUUAAACGUAUGUCUCUUUCCAAGAGUAGAUUGCUGUACCCCUUGUAGGAAUAUGGUGCCACUUAAAAAACGUUCUAGUUCCUUCCAAACCAUGACCAGCUGUCCUGAGAAGAACAGUUUUUUUUUGUUUGUUUUGUUAUGAUUUCAUUCUUCCACUUGGUGCUUUUCAUUUUGUAUUUUUUUGUUUUUUCAUCGCGUGUGCAUUAUUUUGUAAAGCUUAGGUCACUACAACAGUAGGUCUGUGAAUUCUCACCACAACAGUACAUCAUUUUUUAAAACUUGUUUUUCCAUACUCAUCAAAUGCCAUGAAAAUGGUUCCGUUUACAACCAGCAAGGAUACUUCAGCUAGCUUUUGAAUUCUUACUAAAUUGUCUUACUGUUCUAGUUUGACGUGUUGAUUAUACGGAUUUCUGUGUGAUCCAUGAUGAUUGCCCUGUUUUUCUUUGUUCGUCAACGCAGCAUGCGCUUCACCAUUAAGCUCAUCCCCAAAAAAAAGUGCAGAAUAAGCUGUCUUAUUUAUAAUCAGGCCUUUUCGUUUGCAGUCAGACAUUUGUUUUCCUUCUCGUUACCUGAUGCAGCGAGCGCGUCGGAGGCAGAUUGUACAGAAACCGCUAUUUCCAAAGUUUGGGCCGGGAUGUUGUUUGGCGCACAGUGCAAGUUUGGGACCGCUUCGCAUAAUUU